UGCUUUAUUGAAGGGAAACAUGUUUAAUUCUUUUCCUCCUUUGUGAUGGUCGUCUCUUUUUACUUAAUUGUGUAUUAUGUCUGAAAGAAAUAAGAUUAUUGAUUUAUAUAUACAUUUAUUUCAGGUUGGAUUUCAGAGAGGCUUGGAUGAAUGGCGUCAAGCACAUCCUAUUUCAGAUGCGGAUUCCACAUCAUCUAGUGAUAUUACAUCAAUAUGGACAAAUGUGGGAGGAGGUGUUAAGAAAGGUAGAGUUUACGGGCUUGGAGCACAACCUUCCUCGUUACAUCCAUCAUCAUUAUUGUCUGGUGCUUCUACUUCUCAAUCUUCGGAAGAAAUGGAAGCAAUGCGAAGACAAAUUUCAGAGCUUACAGAACGACUUCAAUCAUCUGAAGCUAACUUUGCUAAAGUGCAGAAAUUCAUGGAGAAACAUAUGGCUGAAUCUGAUGAAAGUGAAGGGACCGACUUUGAUGAAGAGUAGUUUGUUUUAUGGUUGUUUAGACAUUUUCUAUGAGAUUUAGACGUGUUUUGAACUAUUUACUUCCUUUUUGAAUAACAACUUAAUACUUGUUAGACUUGAUUUUGAUGAUGCUUGAGCUUUUAGACUCAAUUGAAUUGAAUUGAAUGCAAUUUGAAUGUUUAGGAAUGUAUUCGAUGUUUGAUUUUA